AUGGCUAGAGCGAACACAUUGGCUUGCGGGUUUGCCGGCAACUAUUCCGAGUCUGACCGAGGGGAAUGUGGCCGAGAUUCAUGGAUGGUAGAGGAUACACUCGACGCCGUAACUCUUGAAUUCCGAGCAGAGGGACUAUGCUGUCGGUAUAGUAAUGAGACGAUGGACUCGGUAGGCGUGGUCGACCCUGUUCGUCGCUUGCGGAUCAACUUGGUCAUCCAGUGA